GGCUCUCCAUAUUUACUUGUAAGGGCUUUGUGGAUAUUUUUUGCAAAAGAAUGGGACGCCGUCGGCCGUGUAAGGAUCGUUCCCGGACUAACCGUACCCGUUCGCGUUCCAGGACCCGCUCGCCCCGACCCACCCGUUCCGAUACGAUCUUCACCGACAGGCCGCGACUGCAACGGCGACCGGGUCAUGCGGCCUCGUCAUGGGACAUUCCGCCCACCGGAUACGCCCACCUGACCCCCCUGCAGUACAAGGCCAUGCAGGCCAGCGGACAGAUUGCCUCCCGCAUCGUUCUGGAUGCCAUGCCCACGGGGGAGUCGGCGGCCAUUGCGAUGGUCACUCGGCAGGCUCGUCGCCUCUAUGUGGGAAAUAUCCCGUUCGGCGUGACGGAGGAGGAUAUGAUCGAGUUCUUCAACCAGCAGAUCGUGGCCAUCGGCGUAGAAACCGCACAGCAUUCGGAUGGCCGGGCGGUGCUGACCUGUCAAACGAAUCUGGAGAAGAACUUUGCCUUCCUGGAAUUCCGAUCCAUGGACGAGGCCACGCAGGCCCUCAAUUUCGAUGGGAUUAACUUUCGCGGCCAGACCUUGAAGAUCCGCAGACCCCACGACUAUCAGCCGGUGGCCUCGUUUGGUCCGCCCGAACCGGAAGUUUCGUCCUCCUUCAAGAUCCCCACGAUUACAGUGAAUACGCCAUCGAUUUAUGCUGUCACCACUGGACAGGUUAUAUCCGCUCAGGUUCCCGAUUCUCCGAAUAAAAUCUACGUGGGUGGCCUGCCCACCUGCCUGAAUGAAAUGCAGAUCAAGGAGCUGCUGCUUUCGUUUGGCGAGCUAAAGGGAUUCAAUCUGGUGAAGGAGAGCAGCACGAGCCUGAGCAAGGGAUUCGCCUUCUUCGAGUACGUGGAUCCCACGGUGACUGAAACGGCCAUUGCUGGUCUAAAUGGCAUGCAGUUGGGCGAUCGCCGCUUGGUCGUCCAGCGAUCCAUUCCCGGCGGCAAGAACGGGAUGUUCGGCGGAGUGCCCGUGGUUCAGGUGCCGGGAAUAUCUACCCUCUUGGCCACCGGCUCGCCCUCGGAGGUCCUGUGCCUGUUUAAUAUGGUUCUGCCCGAGGAAUUGCUCGACGAGGAGGAGUUUCAGGACAUUCGUACGGACAUCAAGCAGGAGUGCACCAAGUACGGCGAGGUGCGCAGCAUCAAGAUCCCCCGACCCAUCGGCCAGGCUACCCAGCGGGGCUGCGGCAAGGUCUUCGUCCAGUUCGAGACCGUCGAGGAUUGCCAGAAGGCCCUGAAGGCCCUCAGUGGCCGCAAGUUCAGCGGUCGCAUCGUGAUGACCUCGUUCUACGAUUCUAAAAAAUACCUGGAGAAUGAUCUUCAAUAAACGAUUGAAUAAUAACUACGGC